ACAGAAUUUUAAAAAAUGGCAGUUAAUAAAAAUAUAUCAGACGUUGAAGAUUAUUUUGCUGAAACAAUACUUUUUCAAAAGAAAUAUGACUCUCUUAUAAAUUGUCAUUUAGUGGACUUUUUCACAGAUGAUUUGUGGGAUGCUUGUCUGCCAGAAGAAUUAAAAAGGGAUUUAAAACAAAAAGAUUGUUAUAAUAUCACAAAUAUUAAUGAUUUAAUUCAGUUUGGUGGCACCCUUCACGAUUCAGGAAUUGAGAAAUUGUUCAAAGAAAUUGAAUCAUUGUCUUUGCAUAGUUACAGCAAUAUCGUUUCACGCAAAGAACACUUACAACAGAUACAUUUUCAAAAAAUUAAUUUUAUUGACCAUUUACAUUGUGAAUUAAUGAAAGCUAAAAAAUGGCAUGAAGUUGAGACUUUUACUCAAACAGUAACAUGGUUGGACAAAGAACAGUCAAAUAUUAUUAUUGACGCUGGAGCUGGUAAAGGUUACGCAUCACUUCAUUUAGCAAAUCAUUUUGAUAGAACUGUUUUAGCUAUUGAAUGCUCACAAACAAAUCAUGAUGGAGCAAUAAAUCAUCAAAAAUUGACCAGUAAAAAGAAAAAAAUACCUUUAAGUAACAAGAUCCAUUAUGUAGUUGCAGAAAUAACUGAAUCAACUGAUUUUGAACAAAUUGUUAACAGGAGUUUCCCAAAUUUUUCAGAAAAUUUAAUUAUGACAGCUUUACAUGCUUGUGGAACAUUAACAGAUUCUGUGGUAACUGCAUUUCUUAAGUUAUCUUGUGCUAAAAGUCUGUGUAUAGUUCCUUGCUGUUACCAUUUAUCUGUAAAAUCAUUAUCAUCUAUUUAUGAAUUUUCAAAAAAUGCAAGAAUGUUGGCUCAACAGUCAACAGUUAAGAUGAAAGAAACACAAGAUCAUCUAUCGCCAUCAUUAUUUUACAGAGCUAUUCUGCAAGUCUUUCUGAAAACUGCUGGUUACAAAAAUGUACGCUUAGGAAGAAAUGCUCCUACUACCAACUUCUUGACAUAUGCAAAAUGGUCCUUAAAAAAAAUUAAAUUUCCACACGUUGUCACAGAUUCUACUUUAGAAGAGUUGUAUGAAACUUUUGCAGAAGAGGAAUGGAAAUUCCGUUUAUUUCAGUUACUAAGAAUAAAUAUUGCUCCAGUUAUUGAGGCUUCAAUAAUUUUGGAUAAAUUACUAUUUAUCAAAAACUCUAAAGUUUGUGAAGAAUUACAACUUGUACAAAUGUUUGAUUCUGCCCUUUCACCAAGAAGCUGGGCAAUUAUUGCCAAAAAAUAAAUAAGUUAUGAUUGUAAUUGAAUUUUUAAACACAUAAGAAGAAAAAGUUGUGUCCAGUGAGGGUAUACAUAUGAGUUGUUAAAUCAGUUUGUUGAUUUUAGAACAGUCAAUGUACCUUGUGCAAAACACAAAAAAUUAUUUAUGUUAAAAUAUAAACAAUUGUUAUAAAAACAUGUGUGGUUAUUGAAUUUCUUUAUUCAUUACCAUCAGGUAAAAUGAAUAUACUC